AUGUUAAGAAACGCGAUACUUUUAUUUAUUCGAUUAUAUCAUAAACUAGGUGCCGCUUCCUAUGUCUUAACACACGAUAAAUCUUUCUCCUAUUCUGAUAUUGACUUCAUAUUUCGUUGUGAUUUAUCAUCUGAAUCAACAUGGACACAAAUCAAAACAACUGUCUGUGAAUGUUUAGCGCGACACAUAUCCUCGACAAAUUCAACGACUCAAUUAUCAUUUUCUCCAAUUAUUAUUCAAGCAGCAUAUGUAGAAAAAGUUGUACGUGUCAGUAAUCCAUCGACUAAUGAUUCCUGGGCUCUGAUGUCGUUGUGUAAUGUCAAUGGGCAAAAUAUCGAGUUGAAAUUUGUCGAUCGAUUGAAAAGACAAUUUCAAUUCAGUGUAGAUUCGUUUCAAAUCCUUCUCGAUCCACUGCUUGAUCAUUAUGAACAAAUAUCGAAAUAUCAACAAACAUCGAAUAAAAAGCAGCUACAUUACAAUCAAUAUAAUUAUCAUUCCAAACAAUCCUAUGAUCAUCGUUCAUCGAAGAAUAAUCGUUAUUCAUCAAUACAUCGUUUGCCAUCCAUAUCAGUCGAAUGUGUUUACGGAAGUUUCGAAAGUGCUCUAACUCAUUUGAAUCGACGAUUGAUUGCCACAACAUCACCGGAACGUAUCUGUGGUGGAGGAUUAUUGAAAUAUUGUCUUCUGUUAACACGAGGUUAUCGUCCAUAUGACAAUGGCAUUGCGUCAUGGCAAUUGGAAAAAUUAAUGUGUUCAAGAUUCUUCAUUGAUUAUGCUGAUAUAAGUGAACAAGAAUAUAAAUUAUUAGCUUUUCUCUCUUCACAUUUCUCCAAUGAUGAUUCAGCGAAAUAUCGUUACUUGUUACAACUACGUUUAAUUAUCGAACGUAGUACAGUUUGCUUAAUGGCACAUGAACGGAAUCUAACGUUGACAUUGAUAACCCAACUUGCAACGGAUUAUUAUUACCGUUUAUAUGAUGAAUACAACAACAAUUAUAAUCUCAAUGGUGAAACAACAACUGCUGAAGUCACUGUGCCAAAUUCCAUAACCAUCGAUGUGAUUUAUCACAACGAAUGGGAUGAAUGGAAAACUUUACAUACUCCAGCGAAAAAGUCCAUUCAAUCACAACAAGAACAAGAAAAACAACAACAACAACAAGAACAAGAUAACUAG